AUGCCAACCCAUGCACCUGCUACACCGUUUGGUCCUCACACCUCCGAAAUAGCUAUCACUCAACCCAAUGUCGCGUGCCCUGCUCCAUUGACACCACCUCCAGAGAAUGACGGAAAUGAGACCUCGAGGCGUCUAGUCACGCCGCAGACACUCAAUAGCGGGCAUGUUUUCAACCGGCGACACGUCGGCGACAACACCGCUGCCGGUAUGGCCCAGAUGCAAGAAGAGACUUUGUAUAUCACCCCGCCAAGUUUCGAUGAGAAAAUCCACGCAGACGGUACCAGCGCGACAUCUAUGAUAGAUGGUGUUGAUGAUGACAUGAGCCUAAGCGAGCGCAUUGAGGACGACGGCGGUCGGGAAACAGGCGGAUUUGAUGCGACAUCGGGCACACCCAUCAUAUCGCAAGGCAAUACCCGUCAAGUGGUGCCUGAAAUGAGAGCCACAGAGGAUGAGACAGGACCAGUAUGCGGCAAGAGUGGCCUGGGCACAUCAUCGCCUCCGCUGAUUUCGUCCGCGAACAAUCGAACUGGAGGCUUUCCUCGAGCUGGGGAAACCCCCGGCAGGCCAGCCAUUGAUCAAGAACUAGACUGGUCGAACAACGAUUUGAAGGAAUGGGAUUUUUCUCAUCGGCAACUUCGACCGCAAUAUCCAUCGGCCACAUUCCAACCGUAUUCCAAGUUCAAAGGCACGCAACAGUCAGACCGACAGAUUUACAAUGUGGAAGUGACCAUUUUGACCGUGGACAUUGAACAAUGCAGCAUGUCGGGAUACCUUCAGAUAUGCGGCCUGACACCAGAUCAUCCCACAUUGACCACCUUCUUCACCGGCGAGAUCAUUGGCGGCCCAAACCAGAAGUAUAGCUUCAGGACCCGGGAUCCCGCAUGGGGCGCGAGCGACAAGACGGACCUGACGCACUGGGCUCGGUUUCCUGCAUGGAGACCACUCAGUUUGCACGCGAAGCGCAACAUCAACUUUGUCUAUCCCAUGAACCACGAGAACUGGUGGCAACAAGACUACAUCUUCAUGAGAUGGAAGGAGCACUUUCUGGUCCCCGACUACAAGUUGAAAUCCAUCCAGGGAGCCAGUUUCGAAGGGUUCUACUACAUCUGUUUUAAUCAGAUUGAGGGGAGAGUGAGUGGCAUUUAUUUCCACUCCAAGAGUGAGAAGUGA